AUGCAGAACAGGUUCUUAAGGUCUAUCAUCAAAAUUCAAUCUUGCUUUAGAGGAUACAGAGUAAGAAAAAGAUUUUCUGUAAGAAAGACACUAAAAAAGAGAUAUUCAAUGGGUGCUUAUAAUAUCAAUAGUACAGGCACUAUAAAAGUUGUAAAUACUAGUAGAAAUUAAUCUAGAGAGGAGACUAUACAAAUAAAAAGAGAGCAGUUUCAAUCACCAUUAGUUAUUAAAAUUAGAGAAUAGCUAGGUCCAUUUGACUUUUAGAUAAGUGUCCCAGAAUUAAUACAGUAAGAAUCAAAGAAAAGUUUAGAGUAUUUGGAAUAGAGGCCAGCUAAAAUGCUAGAUGAAGAAGUAAUUUAUGAGGGUGAAUGGAGAAAGGGAACAGAGACUAGAGAAGGAAAAGGAUUGUAAAUAUGGUAAGAUGGUUCAGUGUAUGAAGGUUGGUGGGUCAACAAUAAAGCCAAUGGUAGAGGAAGACUUAUACAUGCAGAAUGUGAUAUUUAUGAGGGAGAUUGGCUAGAUGAUAAAGCUCAUGGCUAUGGAGAAUAUUUGCACAUGGAUGGGGCUACAUAUAAAGGGUUUUGGCUAGAGGAUAGAUAGCAUGGUAAAGGGAUUGAAACUUGGCCAGAUGGAGCUAAAUAUGAAGGUACCUACCUACAGGGUAAAAAGCAUGGCACUGGGUACUUUAAAUGGGCAGAUGGAUCUUAUUACAAUGGGGAAUUCAAGAAUAAUAAUAUUGAAGGCUAUGGAGAAUAUCACUGGGCUGAUGGUAGGAAAUUCAUUGGAGAAUGGAAGGAAAAUAAAAUGCACGGAAGAGGAAUAUUUACCUGGCUAGAUGGAAGAUUAUAUAAUGGAGAGUAUUUUCAAGAUAAAAAAUAGGGGUAUGGAGAAUUUAGUUGGCCAGACGGAAGAAAAUAUACUGGUCAAUGGUACAAUGGUAAACAACAUGGAAAAGGAACAUACAUAAGCUCCAAAGGAGAGAUUAUUACUGGAGAAUGGAGCAAGGGCAAAAGAAUAGUUUGA